AUGCUGAUGUCCAUGAAACAAUUCAAAAUUCUAAAUAAAAAGCUGAAUUCAAUUGUUGAGUCUCAAGCAGACAUGGGGGGAGGAAGUUCGUUGUCCAGUUUUGAAAUUGAUGGACUCAUGAAGGCUUCUGAAGAACAAAUGCUGAGCAAGAUGUCUGGAAUGAUUAGAGAUACCGAGUCCAUAAUAUUAAAAAAGGUUGAUCAAAAUGAUCAAAACACUGAGUUAAGGUUUUGGGAGGUUAUUUCGAUGCUUAAAGAUUUGAAGGAUUCGGUGCUCAAGCCUGCAACAUCUUCAAUAAUUACUCCAGAGUUCCUUUCCCAAAAAUUUUUACAGUUCAAAGACAUUCUUCAUAAACAACUAGCUCCUCUAUCUACUAUUUCGAAUCUUCUUCCAAUUGGUGCCCCACCUGUUCGAACACGGGUGCAAGGGGAGAGAAGAAAAUUGGAGAAGCUUUUCACGCAAAGACUGGAGGUGAUGCUUCACAUGGAAAGGUGA